AUGGCAGGCAAACGCAAGACCAUAGUACCUGAUCUUGAUGACCUCCGUCGCUCUAAGCGAAGUAACAUGGGUCAAGGUGGACGCCUCACCCAACUUCAAAAGCUCGAGUCCUCACAGAUGAAUAGACAACGUCCAGUGAAGAAAAACCCCGCUCAGGAGAUGAUAGACAGCCAACCAGUAAAUGUCAUGGCGCCGGAGGCACCUAUACGCAAACCAAGGGCAAGACCAAUCAAGGCGACUAAGACAUCAAGCAAUGAGAAGACUGAACGACAUCUUUCAAGCUCCAACUUACCACAGCGUGUUACUGAGGACAAGCCCACUUCGCAUCCUCGUAGUCCCGACUCAAGGUUUGGCUUUGUCCCACCUCCACCUGCGACCUCCGAACGCCAUUUCAUCCGUGCUCUCUCUAGGUUCAACAGUACACCAUCAGGAUCCUCCCAGCCUAACACGCCCAAACGCACCCUCACUGGCGCCCAUUCGCGGAAACACGACAAUCUGCGUCAUCAUUCCAAGUCAGAUACUAGCCGUGCCCUACCAGCAUCCAAACCUGUCCCUCUUGAACACACCCCCGCUGUCGUAAACCACCGGUGUCCAAACACAUCCCUCGACACACCUGUCACCAGUGACAGCAAUCCGCCCACUGACCUGGAAUCCGAUUACACUCGUCCAUCACGGAUGAAUAUUUCAGAUGCCGAGGCUCCUCUACAUGGCGAUGAGGGCUACGACUCGGGACGAGAUCACGAUGUGGAUGCUAACAAUUCUGAUCUGGACAACUCGGAUGCUAGAACUAAUGACGUGCAGGUGGACCAUGGCAAUGAUGGUGAUAGUGGGGAGGCGGACCAGGAUGUUGAUGUUGAUAAUCUGGGUGUAGACCAGGAUGAUGGUGACAGUUUUGUUGACGACCCCCACCAGGAUCAUGACACCUCGAAAGAUAGCAACGAUGAUGAAUUCACUCGUGCACGCUCACGAGUCGCCGACAGCUCACACAAUGCCCGAGAUGUCCUCCAAGACCAUCGCGCAAAGAACUGUCGCCCUCGCAUGCCUGACCUGGAUGAGCUCGAGACUUUGCGUCGUCGCGCUACUACUCAAGAUUCAGCUCAAUCUUCUUCUGAAGAGGAGGUUGUAGUACCACGCAAGAGAACGCGGAUGAUCAAAGCAACUGCGCAGAACAUUCGCUUCUAUCCUCCUUCUUGGAAGGAUUUACUAGAGGCCGCAAAGAAGAAAUCACGCCUAGGCUUGCUCACUAGCACAGCGUCAAAGCGCAGUGAUUUUCUCAAAACCAAGGGUAUUGAAUAUCUCUUAGAAACACUCGAAGACUUUGGAUCCCAGGGUGUUGGUGUUGACGACGGAUACUGGGAUGAAUAUAAAUCUGAUAUGGCAGUCCUGCUAUGGGACGAUCGCGCUACUAUGCGUUCCGAAAUGAAAAAGGCUGCGCGUCCGAUUGUUCUGGCACAUUACGAAAUUCUUCCACCCGAUGUUGACGACGAGAACGACUAUGAGCGGGAGGUGCGUGACAACGUCAAAACAUUGUUGCAGAAUGGUGCUUUCCUACGGGAUGGAGGCAGGACCAAUAAUCUUGCAAACGAGGCCCUGGGCAGCUUUUGUAUGUCCUAUUUUUACAAGGGUGAGAACGCGCUCGCGAAGUCAUUUCCAGACUUGUUCGCCGAUGCUGUCCCCGAAGGUGCCGUUGCACUUGCAGCGACUGCGCUUGCUGCCGCUAUCGACGAGUACAAGACCGGUACUUACAAGCAAAUGAAAUUCGUCGCCGAUUUAUAUCAACCCAUCUACGACAGCGUCAUUCAGCUCUACCAUGAUGUGCAGAAGGACCACUAUCAUGCAAAGAAAUGCCGGGCCGCCAGAAAGAAAUGGGCUCGUACUGCAGGAAUCCUGACUCGCGAUGAUCCAAACAGGCGCCAUGACUGGGGCUUGAAACUCCAACUGGACUGA